AGGGACGGAGCAAGGCUCAGUAUUCGUCAGCAGGGCAUAGGACUAGCUGGUCUAACCAAGUUUGCCAACGAGAACCAGACGCAACCUGUUCAUGGUUCAAUGGCAUCUACGUCGUGUGAGAGCGGCAAUGCCAUGCCGGCACUAGAGCAGGCGACCAUCACAGCAAAACGCAAAAGGGCGAGGCGGGCUUGCGAUGGCUAUGACAAGACCAUGCCGGUUCGACCGAGAGAUAGCAGUGUUGCCCUGGUUCCUCAGAACCUUUUCAUCCAAGUCUGGUCUCACAGCCAAAACCCUCGAAUGCUGCGUCCUCUCGUCGCCGACAUUGACGGUACACAGACGGAGCGCAUCUACUUCCAUCGCUUCCGCCGCAUGGCGGAAGCCGGCCUCUGCAACCACGUCACGAACCUCACCAAUUUCUGGAGUCGAAUGGCAACCCAGCUCAGCCAUUCAGAUGAGGCCGUGAAGCAUGCCAUUGUCGCCCUUGGCUCUGCGUAUCAUAUCUAUCAGACAGCCCUCCCUCGAGGUGGAGGGUUGCCCCCUCGCGAGCUCGAAAUCUUCACUAUCCAACAGUACGGCACUGCCAUGUCCAAGCUCUCGAGCUAUGCCCACGUCCCAAUGAAGGACCGAAUUACCGUCACCCUCCUCUGCUGCGUAUCGUUUGUCUGCAUCGAGUCACUGCGGAAUAACUGGCGGCCGGCGCUGACGCAUCUGUCAAAUGGGUUGCGUAUAGUUGAAAGUCUACCCAUGAGCACGCUCAACAAGCUGCGAGAAACCGCACCAGCUCAUACUAGCACAGACUCGUCAGAAGAUGCCUUGGCAAUGGAUUACAUCCUGAGACUGUUCGCCACCUGGGAGGUCUCUUGCGCGCUUUUCGCCGAGAACUUCAAACCCGUCAUCGCUAUCAAGCUGUAUGAGGGGCGAGAACUCGACGGCACAGCGCUGGACGAGUUCGAGACUAUUACUGAUGCGCACCGGGCUAUUGUGCAAUACACCCGCGAUGUAUUUGCCCUCGUCUGGCUGACAAAGGAGCAGCAAGGCGAUGACGAGUUCUGGGCUCAACCGGUGCCGCAUCGUCGGCACGAGAUUCUGAUGGAAAGGGGCGACCACUUGACUGGUCUCUUCCAACGGUUCAUGGAGACGCCCCAAGCGCCCGCGAGCGGCACCGAAGAGCAUUACUCCAUCUGCCUCGAUAUGCUUCACUACAGGUGCGCGCGUCUCAUAUGCCAGACAUUGCAUCAGAAACCGCACCAGAGGCAGCAGUCGCGAGCCGUCAUUGCUCAUUACGCAGAACUUGUGUCUUUGGCUACCCUGCUGCAACAAGGGCUAGUUGCCAGGCAGCGGGAAACGGGAUCACUCCCCCGAUCAUUUACGUUCGACAUUGGUAUCAUACCGCCUCUCUACUUCAUCCUUGUCACUUGCCAAGACCCCGUCAUUCAAGGGAAAGCUCUAGAUGUACUACGAAACUACCCUCAGCGAGAAAAUCUGUGGGAUGGCAACUUUGUGCGCAACUUGCUGGUCACUGUCGAGAAUGUCAGCUAUGGACCAGCCCACCCUCUGGAGGAGGUUCCCCAUUCACUUGCGUUUGGGAAAGGCAUACCGGCCCUUUAUGAAAAGCUACAGGAGCUGCAUAUCAAAGUUGAGGAGGACUGA